AUAUCCCAUGCCCACAUAUCCCAUGCCCCCAUAUCCCAUGCCCGCAAAUCCGAUGCCCACAUAUCCCAUGCCCACAUAUCCCAUGCCCACAUAUCCCAUGCCCACAUAUCCCAUGCCCACACAUCCCCUGCCCACAUAUCCCAUGCCACAUAUCCCUUGCCCACAUAUCACAUGCCCACAUAUCCCAUGCCACACAUCCCUUGCCCACACAUCCCAUGUCCACAUAUAUCAUGCCCACAUAUCCCAUGCCCACACAUCCCCUGCCCACAUAUCCCAUGCCCACAUAUCCCAUGCCCACAUACCCCAUGCCCACAUAUCCCUUGCCCACAUAUCCCAUGCCCACAUAUCCCAUGCACACAGAUCACAUGCCCACAUAUCCCAUGCCACAUAUCCCUUGCCCACAUAUCACAUGCCCACAUAUCCCAUGUCACAUAUCCCUUGCCCACAUAUCACAUGCCCACAUAUCCCAUGCCCACAUAUCCCAUGCCCACACAUCCCCUGCCCACAUAUCCCAUGCCCACAUAUCCCAUGCCCACAUAUCCCAUGCCCACAUUUCCCAUGCCCACAUACCCCAUGCCCACAUAUCCCUUGCCCACAUAUCCCAUGCCCACAUAUCCCUUGCCCACAUAUCACAUGCCCACAUAUCCCAUGCCCACAUAUCCCAUGCCCACAUAUCCCAUGCCCACAUAUCCCAUGCCCACAUACCCCAUGCCCACAUAUCCCUUGCCCACAUAUCCCAUGCCCACAGAUCACAUGCCCACAUAUCCCAUGCCACAUAUCCCUUGCCCACAUAUCACAUGCCCACAUAUCCCAUGCCACAUAUCCCUUACCCACAUAUCCCAUGUCCACAUAUAUCAUGCCCACAUAUCCCAUGCCCACACAUCCCCUGCCCACAUAUCCCAUGCCCACAUAUCCCAUGCCCACAUAUCCCAUGCCCCCAUAUCCCAUGCCCGCAAAUCCGAUGCCCACAUAUCCCGUGCCCGCAUAUCCCAUGCCCGCAUAUCUCACGCCCACAUAUCCCAUGCCCACAUAUCCCAUGCCCCCAUAUCCCAUGCCCACAUACCCCAUGCCCACAUACCCCAUGCCCACAUAUCCCUUGCCCACAUAUCCCAUGCCCACAUAUCCCAUGCCCACAUAUCCCAUGCCCACACAUCCCCUGCCCACAUAUCCCAUGCCCCCAUAUCCCAUGCCCACAUACCCCAUGCCCACAUAUCCCUUGCCCACAUAUCCCAUGCCCACAUAUCCCAUGCCCACAUAUCUCAUGCCCACACAUCUCCUGCCCACAUAUCCCAUGCCCACAUAUCCCAUGCCCACAUACCCCAUGCCCACAUAUCCCUUGCCCACAUAUCCCAUGCCCACAUAUCCCAUGCCCACAGAUCACAUGCCCACAUAUCCCAUGCCACAUAUCCCUUGCCCACAUAUCACAUGCCCACAUAUCCCAUUUCACAUAUCCCUUGCCCACAUAUCACAUGCCCACAUAUCCCAUGCCCACAUAUCCCAUGCCCACACAUCCCCUGCCCACAUAUCCCAUGCCCACAUAUCCCAUGCCCACAUAUCCCAUGCCCACAUUUCCCAUGCCCACAUACCCCAUGCCCACAUAUCCCUUGCCCACAUAUCCCAUGCCCACAUAUCCCUUGCCCACAUAUCACAUGCCCACAUAUCCCAUGCCCACAUAUCCCAUGCCCACAUAUCCCAUGCCCACAUAUCCCAUGCCCACAUACCCCAUGCCCACAUAUCCCUUGCCCACAUAUCCCAUGCCCACAGAUCACAUGCCCACAUAUCCCAUGCCACAUAUCCCUUGCCCACAUAUCACAUGCCCACAUAUCCCAUGCCACAUAUCCCUUACCCACAUAUCCCAUGUCCACAUAUAUCAUGCCCACAUAUCCCAUGCCCACACAUCCCCUGCCCACAUAUCCCAUGCCCACAUAUCCCAUGCCCACAUAUCCCAUGCCCCCAUAUCCCAUGCCCGCAAAUCCGAUGCCCACAUAUCCCGUGCCCGCAUAUCCCAUGCCCGCAUAUCUCACGCCCACAUAUCCCAUGCCCACAUAUCCCAUGCCCCCAUAUCCCAUGCCCACAUACCCCAUGCCCACAUACCCCAUGCCCACAUAUCCCUUGCCCACAUAUCCCAUGCCCACAUAUCCCAUGCCCACAUAUCCCAUGCCCACACAUCCCCUGCCCACAUAUCCCAUGCCCCCAUAUCCCAUGCCCACAUAUCCCUUGCCCACAUAUCCCAUGCCACAUAUCCCUUGCCCACAUAUCACAUGCCCACAUAUCCCAUUUCACAUAUCCCUUGCCCACAUAUCACAUGCCCACAUAUCCCAUGCCCACAUAUCCCAUGCCCACACAUCCCCUGCCCACAUAUCCCAUGCCCACAUAUCCCAUGCCCACAUAUCCCAUGCCCACAUUUCCCAUGCCCACAUACCCCAUGCCCACAUAUCCCUUGCCCACAUAUCCCAUGCCCACAUAUCCCAUGCCCACAGAUCACAUGCCCACAUAUCCCAUGCCCACAUAUCCCAUGCCCACAGAUCACAUGCCCACAUAUCCCAUGCCACAUAUCCCUUGCCCACAUAUCACAUGCCCACAUAUCCCAUGCCACAUAUCCCUUACCCACAUAUCCCAUGUCCACAUAUAUCAUGCCCACAUAUCCCAUGCCCACACAUCCCCUGCCCACAUAUCCCAUGCCCACAUAUCCCAUGCCCACAUAUCCCAUGCCCCCAUAUCCCAUGCCCGCAAAUCGGAUGCCCACAUAUCCCGUGCCCGCAUAUCCCAUGCCCACAUAUCUCACGCCCACAUACCCCAUGCCCACAUAUCCCUUGCCCACAUAUCCCAUGCCCACAUAUCCCAUGCCCACAGAUCACAUGCCCACAUAUCCCAUGCCACAUAUCGCUUGCCCACAUAUCACAUGCCCACAUAUCCCAUGCCACAUAUCCCUUGCCCACGUAUCACAUGCCCACAUAUCCCAUGCCCACAUAUCCCAUGCCCAGACAUCCCCUGCCCACAUAUCCCAUGCCCACAUAUCCCAUGCCCACAUAUCCCAUGCCCACAUUUCCCAUGCCCACAUACCCCAUGCCCACAUAUCCCUUGCCCACAUAUCCCAUGCCCACAUAUCCCAUGCCCACAGAUCACAUGCCCACAUAUCCCAUGCCCACAUAUCCCAUGCCCACAUACCCCAUGCCCACAUAUCCCUUGCCCACAUAUCCCAUGCCCACAUAUCCCAUGCCCACAGAUCACAUGCCCACAUAUCCCAUGCCACAUAUCCCUUGCCCACAUAUCACAUGCCCACAUAUCCCAUGCCUACCCACAUAUCCCAUGUCCACAUAUAUCAUGCCCACAUAUCCCAUGCCCACACAUCCCCUGCCCACAUAUCCCAUGCCCACAUAUCCCAUGCCCACAUAUCCCAUGCCCCCAUAUCCCAUGCCCGCAAAUCCGAUGCCCACAUAUCCCGUGCCCUCAUAUCCCAUGCCCACAUAUCUCACGCCCACAUAUCCCAUGCCCACAUAUCCCAUGCCCCCAUAUCCCAUGCCCACAUACCCCAUGCCCACAUACCCCAUGCCCACAUAUCCCUUGCCCACAUAUCCCAUGCCCACAUAUCCCAUGCCCACAUAUCCCAUGCCCACACAUCCCCUGCCCACAUAUCCCAUGCCCCAUAUCCCAUGCCCACAUACCCCAUGCCCACAUAUCCCUUGCCCACAUAUCCCAUGCCCACAUAUCCCAUGCCCACAUAUCUCAUGCCCACACAUCCCCUGCCCACAUAUCCCAUGCCCACAUAUCCCAUGCCCACAUACCCCAUGCCCACAUAUCCCUUGCCCACAUAUCCCAUGCCCACAUAUCCCAUGCCCACAGAUCACAUGCCCACAUAUCCCAUGCCACAUAUCCCUUGCCCACAUAUCACAUGCCCACAUAUCCCAUGCCACAUAUCCCUUGCCCACAUAUCAUAUGCCCACAUAUCCCAUGCCCACAUAUCCCAUGCCCACACAUCCCCUGCCCACAUAUCCCAUGCCAACAUAUCCCAUGCCCACAUAUCCCAUGCCCACAUUUCCCAUGCCCACAUACCCCAUGCCCACAUAUCCCUUGCCCACAUAUCCCAUGCACACAUAUCCCAUGCCCACAGAUCACAUGCCCACAUAUCCCAUGCCACAUAUCCCUUGCCCACAUAUCACAUGCCCACAUAUCCCAUGCCACAUAUCCCUUGCCCACAUAUCAUAUGCCCACAUAUCCCAUGCCCACAUAUCCCAUGCCCACACAUCCCCUGCCCACAUAUCCCAUGCCAACAUAUCCCAUGCCCACAUAUCCCAUGCCCACAUUUCCCAUGCCCACAUACCCCAUGCCCACAUAUCCCUUGCCCACAUAUCCCAUGCACACAUAUCCCAUGCCCACAGAUCACAUGCCCACAUAUCCCAUGCCACAUAUCCCUUGCCCACAUAUCACAUGCCCACAUAUCCCAUGCCACUUAUCCCUUACCCACAUAUCCCAUGUCCACAUAUAUCAUGCCCACAUAUCCCAUGCCCACACAUCCCCUGCCCACAUGUCCCAUGCCCACAUAUCCCAUGCCCACAUAUCCCAUGCCCCCAUAUCCCAUGCCCGCAAAUCCGAUGCCCACAUAUCCCGUGCCGCAUAUCCCAUGCCCACAUAUCCCAUGCCCACAUAUCCCAUGCCCCCAUAUCCCAUGCCCACAUACCCCAUGCCCACAUACCCCAUGCCCACAUAUCCCUUGCCCACAUAUCCCAUGCCCACAUAUCCCAUGCCCACAUAUCCCAUGCCCACAUAUCCCAUGCCCACAUAUCCCCUGCCCACAUAUCCCAUGCCCCCAUAUCCCAUGCCCACAUACCCCAUGCCCACAUACCCCUUGCCCACAUAUCCCAUGCCCACAUAUCCCAUGCCCACAUAUCCCAUGCCCACAUAUCUCAUGCCCACACAUCCCCUGCCCACAGAUCCCAUGCCCACAUAUCCCAUGCCCACAUACCCCAUGCCCACAUAUCCCUUGCCCACC